GAUUGGCAGAAUGGCGGACACAAUUUCAGCGUAGAGAUGAAAGUAUAUUUGGGUGUCUACGAAAGGUUUUUCGCGGCAGAAACUGCCAUAAAAUCUGCAGAAAAAUAUGCGCCAUCUUUUUAACAAGGUCAAUAUCUGCAAAUAUGCUUACUUGAAAUGUCGAGCUUUAUCGCAGUGGACAGGUGAGGUUUCAGUGUAUAGGUCAAUAUCCCAGAAUCCUUAUGAAAACUUGGCCUUUGAAGACUGGUUAUAUCUUAAUACUGACCUAACAAAUAGGAGAAUUCUCUUUUUGUGGAGAAAUGAACCCACGAUAGUUAUUGGCAGACACCAGAAUCCCUGGGCAGAAUGUAGUUUAAAGAGUCUUCAGCAAUUUAAUGUCUAUUUGGCAAGGAGGAAAAGUGGUGGUGGAACAGUUUACCACGUGAGUGAUUCAGAUUUAGGAAAUGUCAAUUUCUCUUUCUUUACUGCUCGUGAACACUAUGAUCGCAAAGAAAACUUAGCUCUUAUUGUGAAAGUAUUACGUGAAAGGUGGAAACUAGAUGUUGAAGCUUCUCCUAGAGAUGACAUACUUAUUGAUGGAAAAUUUAAAAUCUCAGGUACAUCAUCUAAGCUUGGGAGAAAUAUUGCUUUUCACCACUGUACUUUGCUUCUGGAUGUUGAUGAAAUCUUACUCAAAUCUCUACUUCAUCCCAGUUAUACAGAUAUCUCUAGUAAAGCAACCCAAAGUGUCAAAUCAGACAUCAUGAACUUAUCCAAUAAAGAUCCCUCAAUACACUUUGAGUCUGUCACAAAAGAAGUUGCUCAGAUGUUCUGUCAGAGUUAUGCUCCUGAGAUGAACAUAGAGAUGGUGGACAUUGAUCCAUCAAAAGAUGAACAAUUUCCUGGGAUAGUGGAUUUGAGGAAAGAGCUUGAAGAGUGGAACUGGAUUUAUGGAAAAACUCCAAGAUUCAGUGUAACUUUUUCAACAACUUUAUCAGCCAGACACAUGUUGGCAGAAAUCACUUCUUACCAUGGUUUAGUUGAAGAUGUUAAUGUCCAGUGUGAAGACAAGGAAAUGUGUACACUCCUUACAAAGCUUGUCCAGGGGUUGAAAGGUGCAAAAUUUAAAGCUGAUGACAUUCACACAGCCCUACUGACAUAUUUGAACUCAGAAUCACUCACAGCUCUAGAUAGGCAGCUUUGUUAUGGGUUUAUAAAAUGGAUUGUCAGUGUUAUAUGAAUCUAAAAAUUGAUUCAAGUAAGUUUUUUUAAUCAUAAUGUACAACAUGAUAACUUCAGUUUUCUGAGUAGCAAUGAUUUCUACUGCAAUGUUUAUCUAACCAUAUAACCAGCCUUCUGUCAAUGUAUUAUUUAAAUUUUUUUUGAAUAAGGGGGGACGAAUGAAAUGCUCCCUAAUGAAAAAAGAGGAUUAUAAUAAUGCAAUCAACAUUUCAUUGACCUAUUGUCUUUCUUUUCAAAUCUAUCUAGAGAAGAAGGCAGGGGUUUGUUUACAGGGAGAAGUGUGCAUAACUUUAAAUGCAUAGGAUGAUAAUACAUUGUGACAUGCAGAGAAUAUUUACCAUAGCAUUUAUAAUUUUAGUUUAGAUUUCAUUUUGGUGAUGAAAUCAUUCUUUAAAAUUAAGCAAGUUAACUUUCCACACCUUCUCUUUUUGAGGAUGGUAAAUUAUUUAGGCUAAUAUAUGACAUGCAGCAACCUGGCAACAUUUAACAUACACCAACUUGAAAAUAAUGAUGUGGAAUCAUAAGAAUGUUGAGCACUGUCAUUAUCACUGAUUUUCAUCUGUGAAAUUUUUAUUGAAAUCCCCCAAGUUUAAGGUGAUCACUGUUGUCAUUAAGAUUGAAACACUAAUAUUAAAAAUUCUGUCAGUAGUAACUUGUAAGUCAGGUAAUUUUCUCCUUCCAACAGCUGACAUGUGAAGACAAAUAAGGUUAACUAAAUGUUCACCUUCUUUGUUUUCACAUCUCAGCUGUAGAUAUACCUUAACCCUUUAACUCUCAUGCGUGACCAAGACAGAAUUUCUCCUUACAAUA